GAGUCAGAGUCAGAAGCAAAAAUAGAUGGAGAAACUGCGUCAGACAGUGAGAGCCGAGCUGAACCUGCCCCUCCAACAACCUCCGUAGAUGAUACCCCAGAGGUCCUCAACAGGGCCCUUUCCAACUUGUCAUCAAGAUGGAAGAACUGGUGGGUGAGAGGCAUCCUGACGUUGGCCAUGAUUGCAUUUUUCUUCAUCAUCAUUUACCUGGGACCAAUGGUUUUAAUGAUGAUUGUGAUGUGUGUUCAGAUUAAGUGUUUUCAUGAGAUAAUCACUAUUGGCUACAACGUCUACCACUCCUAUGACCUGCCCUGGUUCAGGACCCUCAGCUGGUAUUUUCUCCUCUGCGUAAACUAUUUCUUCUAUGGAGAGACAGUGACGGAUUACUUCUUCACCCUGGUCCAGAGAGAGGAGCCUCUGCGGAUUCUCAGUAAAUACCACCGAUUCAUUUCCUUCACUCUCUACCUAACAGGGUUCUGCAUGUUUGUGCUGAGUCUGGUCAAGAAGCAUUAUCGACUGCAGUUCUACAUGUUUGGCUGGACCCACGUAACAUUACUGAUUGUCGUAACCCAGUCACAUCUAGUUAUCCACAACCUGUUUGAAGGAAUGAUCUGGUUUAUUGUCCCCAUUUCUUGUGUGAUCUGUAAUGACAUCAUGGCCUACAUGUUUGGCUUUUUCUUCGGUCGAACCCCACUCAUCAAGCUCUCCCCGAAGAAGACCUGGGAAGGGUUCAUUGGCGGCUUCUUUGCCACUGUGGUGUUUGGCCUUCUGCUGUCCUACGUGAUGUCCGGGUACAGAUGCUUCGUCUGUCCUGUGGAGUACAACAACGACACCAACAGCUUCACUGUGGACUGUGAGCCCUCAGACCUGUUUCGUCUGCAGGAGUACAACAUUCCUGGGGUGAUCCAGUCGGUCAUUGGCUGGAAAACGGUCCGGAUGUACCCCUUCCAGAUCCACAGCAUCGCCCUCUCCACCUUCGCCUCGCUCAUCGGCCCCUUUGGAGGAUUCUUCGCAAGUGGAUUUAAACGAGCCUUUAAAAUCAAAGACUUUGCCAAUACCAUUCCUGGCCACGGAGGCAUCAUGGAUCGCUUUGACUGCCAGUAUCUGAUGGCCACCUUUGUCAACGUAUACAUCGCCAGCUUUAUCAGGGGCCCUAACCCGAGUAAACUGAUCCAGCAGUUCCUGACCUUGCGGCCAGAUCAGCAGCUCCACAUCUUCAACACGCUCAAGUCUCACCUGACGGACAAGGGGAUUCUGACAGCUACCGCGGAGGAUGAGUAGGGACCGCCAGGACCGGGAGAGCAGGGGCAGGACUGAGCGAGGGGCAGGGCUCCAAGGCAAGCCCAGAGGCAUGACUCCGACAAUGAAAAGGCUUCGACUCACUGUCUUUGUUUUUUUUUUGUUUUGUUUUGUUUUGUAGAGUGUUUUUUAUUUGUGGUUGUUAAAAAAAAUCUGUAUAUAUGGUCUAUAUGUUUAUAAUUUGUGUUGUGAGUAAGUUACAGCUUUGCAUUGGAAAGAAGUCACAGGGGUAAAGCCAUUUCGGUUUCUAAAAGUAUUUGCCAACCUGGAGGAUAGGAUCGCUCGGCUCAGGAGUGUCUAUGGUGAUCUGAAUCCCCAUCAAUGGAACCGUUCCUGGCUCAGUUAGACAGUAGGCAUCCAUCGUGCCCACCCAUUUCAGGGGCUCUCUCACCUGGGCAGGAUAGGCAGCUUUUACCAGCAGAGCAUUCACCUGGGCUUCCUACAGUCCCUGCCAUGGAGCUCUGAGAGAUUUGCUUUCUGUUGGCCAAAGGAUAAGUAUUCUCGCUCCACCGAACUCCCGCAGAGGGUAAAUUAUGCUCUGCUUUAUGAUAUGAUUUCACUAUAUGCCCUCACCAAUCUUUUUUUCAGAAAGCACGAAAAAUUAUUUAUAGUAGUCUGGAGGAAAACACUGUACCAUUUCAAGCAUAUGCAGUAGAAUGUACCGUCACUGCACCCUUCCCCUGAGUUUUAGCUCAAGUGUCUCUUGGAGGGUGGUCCAGCUACCUGCUUCUUUUCAGGGGCGAUGCCGUUCACGUUUGGGCUGUAGACUUGCUGCUGCUGGUCCUUUCUGGGGGCUUUCCCGUUAGGCAGGGAGCAGAGGGCUUCUUGGUCAUGCAUCCUUCGCCUGAACACCCAUGUAGCUGCUGUGUCAU